CCAUCAGUAUAUACUUGUUUGUCAAUACUUCCACUAAUUCUGCAUUGGCGUAAUAACUUCGUUUAUUGCUGUGUAAUUAAAAUAUUAGUUUUUUAAUGUAAAAAUUAAUUCCGUUUCCGGUCGUCUAUACUAUUCUUCAAUAACUGUCAAAAUUCAAAAUGUUGGCACCGGAUAAAUAUCUCUCUCCAAUGAAGCAAAUGACUGGCGCCGAAGAAAAUCGCCACUUUUUGCGAGCAUUCAUACAUACAUAUCGUGACUUACCAGUGUUGUGGGACACUUCUUUGCGAGAUUACACAAAUCGCGAUAAGCGCGCCGAAGCAUACGAACAACUAGUACCCAUAUAUCGUUACCUCAAGCGUGAUGCAAAUGUCGAAGACGUUAAGAAAAAAAUCAACACAUUACGCACAAACUAUCGAAAGGAAUUGAAAGUGGUUGAAAGUGCACGACGCAAUGGAACCAUUCAUCACCCACGUUGUUGGACUUUUCUCGAAUUAGAUUUCCUACGAAACACGGAGAAGUUUUUAGCUGUCAAUCCAAGUACUCGAGGAGAUUCAUUUUCGGCAUUUAGUGAAAAUUCGCAAACACAAUCAUCGUUUAUGGAACCACCAGGGUCCAGUUAUAAUUUUCGUUCAAUGAUGGGAUCAAAUACAGUACAAACGCCUCCCAAUAUUGCCGAAAUGUUCCACAAAUCUUUUGGGCACACACAAAAAUUGGAGCCAGAACAGACUCCACCACCAGCUGGACAACAAGUGGGAGGAGCGAAUUCAUCAUCAAAUGGACAGUCUGUAAAUUCAUCAGAUUACAAUCACACAGCACAACAAACAGAUACUGUAACGGGUGCAACAAAACGUUUGCGGUUUUCACCGGCGAAUUCUACAGGUGGCACCGGUCAAACGCCAGAUGAAUUACUUAGCAUAGCAUGUGACUACCUAUCCAGUACAUUUCCUGAAGAGGAAUCUAUCGCACGCACCUGGACUCAUAAGCUAAAACGUUUACCGCGUGAACAACGAUUAUUGGCGGAAAAAUUCAUUAACGAAAUACUUUUUGAGGCGGAAUCUGGUACUUUACAUCGUGGUUCGGUGCAUAUUAAUAGUUUCGAACCAUUUGUGCGUUUCGAAGAACACUCCAGCAAUGACCACGAAAAUACAAAAUCACAAAGCCCCAGUAUACAUACAUCCACAACAACAAUAUCGCAUGAUGGAGAAAUGAAGUCAAAUGCUGGUGCAGCUGACAACAGUAGUGCUGCUAAUACUGUAAAUGAAAAUGUUUACGAAAACUAUCAGAACUAAACUGAAAAAAAAUUAUUACUUAAGUUAAAAUGUAAAUAUGCUUACUUAGUGUUCCCUGGUUAUUUUAUUAUCUUGAAUUUGUUAUCAAAACGGUUUAUGUAAAAUGUUCAAUAUAUUUACAUAUAAACACAUAUGUACAUACUAAAACAUA